GGGACAGGAAGUGAGGUCACUCCUCCCCGGGGUGAAAGAUUAGCGGAAGUGUUCUUCUUUCCUUUUUGCUGUAGGCCCGAGCGGGUGCUGCUGAAAUGGGCAAGUUCAUGAAACCUGGGAAGGUGGUGCUUGUCCUGGCUGGACGCUACUCUGGACGCAAAGCCGUCAUCGUGAAGAACAUUGAUGAUGGCACCUCAGAUCGCCCCUACAGCCAUGCUUUGGUGGCUGGAAUUGACCGCUAUCCCCGCAAAGUGACAGCUGCCAUGGGCAAGAAGAAGAUCGCCAAGAGGUCAAAGAUCAAGUCUUUUGUGAAAGUUUAUAACUACAAUCACCUGAUGCCCACAAGGUACUCUGUGGACAUCCCCUUGGACAAAACUGUCGUCAAUAAGGAUGUCUUCAGAGAUCCUGCCCUUAAACGCAAGGCCCGACGAGAGGCCAAGGUCAAGUUUGAGGAGAGAUACAAGACAGGAAAGAACAAGUGGUUCUUCCAGAAGCUGCGGUUUUAGAUGCUUUGUUUUGGUCAUUAAAAAAGAAAAAGAAAAAAA